AUGGCCGACGCUCGCCUGCUGGAGGAGCUGGAAAAGUUCGCUACGCGGCCGGAUAUCCUAAUCAUGGGCGACUUUAACGCGCCCCAUAUUGACUGGAGCUCAACCCAUGCAAAUAGCUCAGAACAGACCUUCGAUAGGAGUUUUCUGAACACGACAUUGAAGCUAUUUCUCACUCAACACGUCAUGUUACCAACUAGAGUACGCGAAAGCCAACAAGCCAACUGCCUUGAUCUUGUCCUUACGAAGUCACAGGACAGCAUUGAUGAGGUGUCAUGCCUACCCCCCUUAGGUAAAAGUGACCACGUCGUUCUUCUAUGGGAUUACUCGCUUUUUUCCAUGCCCAAGAAACCCGGGGCAGUUACAAGAAACCUUUGGCGCGGGGAUUUCGAUCAAAUGAGGGCUGAAAUUUUACGCAUUGAGUGGGAGUCCAUAUUUGCUGGGAGCAUACUCGAAGACUGGCAACGGUUCCGAGAAAUUCUGCUCGAGCUGAUCGUAAACCACUGUCCGCUUUCACGGAAGAGGUUAACUAACAGACCUCGAUGGCUUUCGCAAGCCUUGAAGAAUGAAGUGAAUAAAAAACGACGGCUGUGGAAAAAAUUGCUUUCUGACAGGAGCCCCACAUUUAUAUGCGCGUACAAAAUUCAAAGAAAUCGAGUCAAGGGUCUUAUCCUCAAAACCAGACAGGAAUUCGAACGGGAUCUGCUUAACCGUGCCGCGGAGAACCCUAAAUUAUUCUACGGUUACACUAGGCAGUGCACGCGGAACAAGGACCCAAUACCCCUGAUAAGGACUGCUGAAGGCGAACAUCUCACUGACGACAGGGCGAAAGCUGAGCACCUUUCAGAUUUUUUUCGGUCUGUUUUUAGUAGCGAAAAAGGAUUCAACCCUUCGGCCCUUCAAUCCUUCGAAGACACCUUAAUUAUAGAGACCGUCCAGUUCAGUGAGGGUAUGGUUCUGACGGUGUUGCUGAGGUUAAAGGAAUCCAAAUCACCAGGUCCCGAUGAGAUUCCGGCGAAGAUUUUGAAGGAACUCGCCGGUGAGUUGUCUAAGCCACUCUCCAUGCUUUUCCAUACAUCCUUCGAGACCGGAUAUCUGCCACCCGACUGGAAGUCGGCGUGGAUUACGCCGCUGUACAAGGGCGGAAGUCGGGUCUCUGCGAACAAUUACAGACCGGUCAGCCUCACCUCCAUUUGCUGUAAGAUUAUGGAGAAGAUAUUAAAGCAACAACUAAUGCAGUUCCUUGAACAAAACCAUUUGCUUUCCGAUUCUCAGCAUGGAUUCCGAAAAGGCAGAUCCUGUGUGACAAACCUGCUCUACUCUCUGGAACACUGA